AGAAACCUAACCACCUAACCUCCGUCAGUCGUCAGUCGUCAGUAUUUAGCAUCUUCAGUCUUGGCCGGCAUAGAAAUCCGACUAAUAAUCCAGUUUAUUCACUUUUAAUCAAUCUAACCAAUUAUCUGAUCAAUGCAGCUUACCUGAAAUGUCGACCUGCAAUUUUUUUGCAGUGAAACACGUAUCUACCCAGUCACCUCACCACUAAUCUAGAUGCCGCCUCAAGCAGAGCCGCAACAGCCUGCAAGACCAAGGCAGUCCAGCUUCGGAGAGAUGGCUAUUAUAUUCUUUGGAGCUAGUGUUCUGGGUCUGAUAUUCCUAAUCAAUAUCUCGGUUCACAAAGUAGAGGAGGGACAUGUUGGUGUCUACUACAGGGGUGGUGCUCUUCUUUCACACAUUAGUCCGCCCGGGUUUCACAUGAUGGUGCCGUUUCUUACAACAUAUAGAUCUGUUCAGGUAACCUUACAGACAGACGAAGUGAAAAAUGUUCCUUGUGGUACAAGUGGAGGAGUUAUGAUUUAUUUUGAUAGAAUAGAAGUUGUAAAUAUCUUGAGCAUUGAUAGUGUUUAUAGUAUUGUAAAAAAUUUCACUGCUGAUUAUGAUAAGGCUUUGAUUUUCAACAAGGUCCACCAUGAGCUGAAUCAAUUCUGUAGUGUUCAUAAUCUUCAUGAGGUUUAUAUAGACUUAUUUGAUCAAAUAGAUGAAAAUUUAAAACACUCUCUACAGAGGGAUCUUAACGAAAUGGCACCAGGCCUCAUAAUACAGGCAGUGCGUGUGACCAAACCCAAAAUUCCUGAAACCAUCAGGAAAAAUUAUGAACUCAUGGAAGCUGAGAAAACCAAAUUAUUAAUCUCCGCACAGAGGCAAAAAGUCGUUGAAAUGGAUGCUGAGACAGACAGGAAAAAGGCAAUCAUUGAAGCAGAGAAAGUUGCCCAGGUUGCAAAGAUUCAAUUUGAUCAAAAAAUAAUGGAAAAAGAAUCAAUAAAACAAAUAUCACAAAUAGAAGAUGCAAUCCAUGUCGCAACGCAAAAGAGUCAGACGGAUGCAGACUUCUAUAAUAGGCAAAAGUUAGCUGAGGCUAACGCGUUGCUGCUAACCCCGCAGUAUUUAGAGCUGAAGAAAUAUGAAGCAAUUAGUAAUAAUACAAAACUCUAUUAUGGACCUGAUUUGCAAAAAAUGUUUCUCUUAGGUACUUGCAAUAAUGAUCUUGUGAAAAAUUAAUACAAUUCUAUGUUGUUUCCAGUC